AGGCAGAAACCUAAGGCAAUUUCCAUUGUAUCUCGUACGAUAAAAGAGACUACAUGUAUGCCACCAUAAUUAUUGAACAAUUCAAGUAAAGCUUCAUGCUAUGUCCCUUUGGAAACGGACGAAUACGUUAAAGGUUCUGUCGAAGCAUAUCUCUAAAUUCUCUUCUUACCCUCUCCCCCGCGUUCAUCAGGUUGGAAAACCGGCCCUCACGUUCAACUUUACUGGUGCGAGUAGAAGCUAUAGACUCCAGCCGCGGAAUUUGAAGUCUUGUUAUACUGUGACAAGACAACAGCGCUCCUUCAGCUCAUCUAGAACCAUGGCAGCUCCACCAGCAGCCAACCUUACGGAUGCGGUAGUUGCUGCAAUGAGAACACUUUUCCCGGAAGAACUAGCGGAUAAUGCGUGGGAUAAUACAGGAUUACUUCUCGGACAAGCCCCCUUGUCGUCAUCGUCAGCGUCUAAAAAGGAGACUGGCGGUACCGUUCUUCUCACCAAUGACUUAACUUCCGCCGUGGUUGACGAGGCAUUGGCAGAAGGAGCCAAUAUGAUUGUCUGCUAUCAUCCCGUUAUCUUUAGACCUCUGAAAUCCCUUACUACCAAGGACCCUAUGCAGACCCUCCUCUUACGGCUAGCAGCUGAGAGGAUCUCCGUCUACUGUCCCCAUACGGCCAUGGACGCGGCGAGUGGAGGACUUAACGACUGGCUUUGCGACAUCCUGUUGGGCGGAGAACGCCAGGUGCAGCGAACAGUCGUCCAGCCCAUUUCCAGGCCUCUACCCGAAGGGCACCAAGGCACUGGUUAUGGACGAGCAUUCGAAUUGGUUCAACCCAUCAACUUGCAGACCCUUUUGCGGCGACUCUCUACUGGCAUAGGCAACCAACGUUAUAUGAUGGUCGCUCUGCCGCCGUCACUGAAAGAUCUCACUAAGACGCAGGAAAUCACCAAGGUAGCUGUCUGUGCAGGUUCGGGUUCUGACGUCUUGAAAGAUACCGAUGCUCAGGUUUUGGUGACGGGUGAGAUGGCGCACCACUAUGCGCUCCGGCAUACCCAGUUGGGCCAGAUUGUCGUCACUGUCUUCCACAGUAACUCGGAGCGGAAGUACCUCGAGACGAGAUUAAAGCCCAUGUUGGAGGUCGAAUUGGAGACGACGGCGUAUGGGGACACCCGCAUAAUUGUUAGCAAAGCAGACCGUGACCCCUUCGAGGUUAUUGACGUUAGAGAUCUAGCUUAAGCACUGGGUGCGACGGCUCGUUGACGUGGUCGAGGGUGUAAUUAAUAUGACGGUCGGCCACUUAUUCGUUUGAUGCUUCAAUCAUCCACCUUGUUGCUUAGAACAUCAUUCGAUCUAAAUGCUCAAUCAUGCUGAUUCUUGGGCAUUCAAAUCCCUCCAAUCUCCCUUGCUCGGCUCACCUUUCAAAGCCGCGUCGCCGUCUUCUAUGCACGCAUCCACGUCUAAACCACCGAUACCUUGUUCCUUCCAUACUAACAGAAGUUUGCGUGGCAUUUUCCACGCCUGUCUCGCAUCUUCUAGUCGUCCUUCACUGACAAGCGCUCGUAUUUUAUCUGGGGCGUCAAGAACCUCGAUUGCCAGCUGUUUCGUUCGCGCUCUCCUCUGGCGCGCCUCUUCUGCUUGGGCUCUGGCUUUAUCAGGCGGUGGGACCGAUUUUCGUAGCGAGUCUCGUAUUUCUGAGGCUUGCGAGUAUAUCUGAGCGAUUGCUGGAUCUAGUGUAGAAGCCAUGGGGUUCAAUGGAUCCAUAUUCGUUCGCAUCUUACACGUCUAUUAGUACAUGCCCUCUUGGGCUUAAAGGAAUUAUAAGACUAACCUUGCGUAUUGUUUCCGUGGCUG